AUGCGCCUGCACGUCCGGCCCGCGUUGCAUAAGCAGAGUUCAUCUCUGAUCCUCAUUACUGACACCACGGGCCCUCACACCGGCCUUGUUGUCCUCGAUGCAUCGUCGAACACAGUGAUCAAAAAACCCUUCAAUGAAGAAGAGUCCUCUCAAUACGUCGAGCUCGAACGACGCAUCUACGAACGGCUCACCGAACGGGGAGGCCACGAUGGACUCCUUCGCUACCAUGGCGUCGUGGAAAAUGGAAUCCGCCUUGAAUUCGCUCCCCAUCUCCAGCUCAAGUCAUGCAGCGACGAGAGAGAAAGAGGAGGCGGCCCCGAUACUACGCGGCUCCGCUGGAUUAUACAGGUCGCCGAGGCCUUGCGCUUCCUCCAUGAUGCCGGCAUCAUCCACGGGGAUCUCACCAGCGCGAACGUCCUGCUGGACGCCGGGUGGAAUGCCAAAGUAGCCGACUUUGCGGGAUCAUCGCUCGACGGAUCGCCUCUCCUCGUUGCAAGCCCAGCCAGCUAUCAAUGUCCCGAGUCGAACACAUCGGUCAAGGGGGAUAUCUUCGCGUUCGGAUCCCUCGUCUACGAGAUUAUGACGGGGCAGGAACCGUAUCAAGGACGCGAUGGAGGGGACAUCCGGCUCUUGUUCGCCAGCAAGACGUUUCCCGACAUCACACAUCUGGGCGACUUGGGACGCAUUAUCGAGAAGUGCUGGCACGGUCGAUACAGCGGAUGCGACAGUCUCGUGAGAGAUCUCAAAGGUAUUGUGUCUUUUUUUUUGUCUCGUUUGCAAAUCCAUUAA